AUUUUUCAAUAAUCAAGGUUGUCGAAUGUUUCGAGUAAAUGAGCAUAUUGAUAUUUCGGAACAUGUCUACAAACAAAUUUGAACGGAAGUAUUGCUGAAUUUGGUUGCAUGCCACCGGCAAAAUGCGCAAGAAUGUUAGCUCCAGAAAGGAGACCAAGGAUCAGAGAAACUCUCCGAUGUGGUAUACGGCUGCAGCGGAAUACUCACGGAAAAAGUGUUUGGCAGACAGACUAGCUGCUUGCAAACAAGAAGUGGCUGCCUUUGAAAAACGCAUACGAUCAUAUAGCCAAGAGAUGGAAAUGUAUCCAAUAUCGCGCUCACCACCUCGCGCCAGAAGCAUAUCACCUAGUAAUCAAUUCAGAGGGUGCGUGGUGCCAACACCCAGAUUUGAUGGUGGUACGACGAGAAGUAGACCAAGAUGCCGCAGCAAGACUCCCACGACUGGGUUACGAAAUGUAGCGACAGCAACGGCUCGACCUCUUGACAGAUUUGUCUCCUCUACCAGCCGAAGUCUAUCGCCCCCCGAGACGGGGACAACGUAAGAGCUAUCCAAGUAGGCAUGGACUCGCUUCUACCUCAACGAUUAAACGCAACAACCUCAAGGAACCGUCUACGAGUCGAGCUUCCACCUCAGCCUCAGAGUCCGAUGAUGAUAACGAAAAUCAACCGCAAGUCAUUGAUGUAACCUCAAAAGCGUCGCAAAGAGCCACAAAUAUUGCCCAACUUAUUAUGGUGAAGCCCAGCAGAAGAUCCAUAAUGUCGGUGAAGAAGGCCAUAAGUAUGCAAAAGCUGCGCAUGACCUCUGGCAGUGUACCCAAUCGGUUGAGCAAAGCGUCGAAAAAAAAACAAUUGCUUCAGUACCCGUAGAGCAACCAGAUGAGUCGGAUGUAUCGGUGAAGGCUCCAGUUGAAGCUGAACAGCAAGAAUCCAUUCAGGAAACUGUAUUGGAAACUGAAGCUGAACCUGAGCCAGAGCCUAAGGUCCCAUCGGCACGCCAAUCUGAAUCAACUUCGGAACGGCAAUCAAAAGUUGAUAGUCAAGGACCUGAUGUUCAAUAUUAUUCAACUAGCGAGCGGGAGCUGGAUAGUGUGGUGGACGGACAGCAGGAAGAAGUACCAGAUAUUGAGAUAUUUCACUGCUAUCCCAACGAAUGCCAAGGAGGGACUGGUGGUCCAUCUUCGAUCAUUUGCGGCGAGUGCAACGGCAAUGGCACCAGCAAUUUAAUUAAUCAGGCAAGGGGCAAUGUGCUAAGAUCCUGUUCGGUAACCGAGGAGCACUUCAUCAGCUUUAACUCAGACUCGGAACUUCAUCCGAACGUGAACUUACCUCAAUAUGGCAUCUCGCAUUAUAUGUAUCCGGGAUGCGAGGGACAGGUCAACUGGCAUAGUAAUAUGCCUUAUUCCUAUGGGCCAACUAUGCUGCAAUCACAGCCAGGCCAAAGGAUGUCUUAUGGCUGCAAUAGACCCGGUUGUCGACAGCAGCAGCUACAGCAGCAACAACAAGGCCAACAGAACGCCUACAACAUGUGGAAUCCACAACAGCAUCAGCAUCUGCAGCAACAACAGCAGCUGCAGCAACAGCAGCUACAGCAACAGCUGCAACAACAGCAUAUGCAGCAACAACAACAAUUGCAGCAGCAACAGUUUCAGCUGCAACAGUGUCCACAGCCACGGUGUUCACAGCCACAGUGUUCACAGGCACAGUAUUCACAGCCACAGUGUUCACAGCAACAGUGCCAACAACAACAACAACAGAAUCAACAGCAGCAGAGUCAGCAGCCACCGCCACAGCAGGAUUGCCUCACGGAACUAUUGGCUCAGCAGUUGCAGAAACAAAUGGAGCAAGCGCAGGCGCAAAUCGCUCAAGUGCAAUUGCAACUUUACAACGUGUGUGGCGCAGCAAAGAUGUCGAAGCCGCCAUCGUUUGAUGCAACCGAAGUCACUACGUUGCCGCAACAGUCUCCAGUGGACGAGGAGUUGCCAACGAUAAGUGGUACACAAAGUGCGUCUCCGUGCCAGAACUUGGGGAAAUCCAAUGUAACAUUUUGCUCACAAGCGACUGUAGGUCAAGCAUUGUGCUGCAAUGAGGCACCAGCUGUCAUGCCUUUGGGUCUUUGUCAAACACCGACCGAAGGAUGUGAGCAAAUGAAUCAACCUCAGCCACAGCAGCUGCAGCAGCAACAGUUUCUGCAGCUGCAACAGCAGCAACAGCAACAGCAGCAGCAGCAACAGUUUCUACAGCAGCAAGCAACAUUUCAACAGCCUGCACCACAGUGCAGUGGCAAUACCUUCUGGACGCCUUGUUGCCGGCAGCGUUAUGCUCAGAUGCGUUUCAUGAUGCCACGUCCUCGUUGCUGCGAUCGCCAUCGGCGGAGUUCGUAAUUUAACGUGCCGUGUACGAAAAUAAAAUAUGUACAAAGUUCGAUAUAUUACAAACUUAUAGAAACUGCAGAUGAGUGACACAAUGCUUCCGAUUCGUAUAGCAGCUAAAAUAAAAUUAUAGAUUAAUUAAAACA